CCAGCRGUGCUGGGGACGCUGGGGACCCCACUCCGCCCCGGUGCACGGGGUGGGCUCUGCUCCGGAGCCGGCAGCGAGGGAGUUAACGGAGCUUGUCAUCCAUCUCCCUCUUAGAGCUCCGCUCCCGAACUGCAGCUUGAGUCAGUUGUGUGGAGGUGGCAGCGGCAGCAGCUCCGGCUGGCACACCGGCACGGCUGGCACACCGGCACGGCCGGUACACCGGCACGGCGGCACCCCGAGCCGGCACGGGCCACCAGCACCCAGGAGCCAUCGGGACUGGAACCGGCCCCCGCCUCGGAGGGGGUCCCCGGGGUCCCUCCUGGCACCGGGGCCGUGCCUGGCACUGCRGGGCACCGAGCCCCGGGCAUGACGGGCACCUGCCCGGCUCGCUGACGGCCGCCCCGCUCGCCCCCCAUGCCCUUCGCCCACGGGGCCGCCUGUCCCCCGGCUCGCCCGGCCGCUCCCCGCGCCCCGGCCGGCAUGGGAGACGUGCCCGAGCCGUGCCCGCAGGCCUCGCUGGCCGUGCUGUCCAAGGUGGAGCUGCGGGUCAGCUGCAAACACCUCCUGGACCGCGACACCCUCAACAAGUCGGACCCCUGCGUCCUGCUGCUGAUGCAGUCCCAGGGCCAGUGGAUGGAGGUGGAUCGCAGCGAGGUGAUCAAGAGCAACCUGAACCCCGUGUUCGCCAAGAUCUUCACGGUCGAUUACUACUUUGAGGAGGUGCAGAAGCUGCGAUUCGAGGUGUACGACAGCCACGGCCAGGCUGGCGUGGGCACACACGAUGACGAUUUCCUGGGGGGCACGGAGUGCACCGUGGGGCAGAUCGUGGCGCAGAAACGGGUGACAAAGCCGCUGUUCCUCAAGUACGGGAAAUUCGCGGGCAAGUCCACGAUCACGGUGAGCACCGAGCCGACGCUGGGGGUGACAGUGGUGAAGAACAACCUGAGCCCCAUCUGGGAGCCGUUCAAGGUCUCCCUCAACUCCCUCUGCAGCUGCGAGGAGAAGAGGAAGCUGAGGGGCGUGGUGUGGGACUACGACUCACGGGGCAAGCACGACUUCAUCGGGGAGUUCUUCACCACCUUCGAGGAGAUGCAGAARGCGAUGGGGGAGAACAAGGUGCAGUGGGACUGCAUGAACCCCAAGUACAAGAUCAAGAAGCGCAACUACAAGAACUCGGGGGUGGUGGUGCUGCUGGACCUGAAGAUCCACAGGGUCUACUCCUUCCUGGAUUACAUCAUGGGCGGCUGCCAGAUCCAUUUCACGGUCGCCAUCGACUUCACGGCGUCCAACGGGGACCCCCGGAACAGCUGCUCCCUGCACUACAUCAACCCCUACCAGCCCAACGAGUACCUCAAGGCGCUGGUGGCCGUGGGGGAGAUCUGCCAGGACUACGACAGCGAUAAGAAAUUCUCGGCUCUGGGCUUCGGUGCCAGGAUCCCCCCCAAGUACGAGGUGUCCCACGACUUCGCCAUCAACUUCAACCCCGACAACGAUGAGUGCGAGGGCAUCCAGGGCGUCGUGGAGUCCUACCAGAGCUGCCUGCCCAAAAUCCAGCUCUACGGCCCCACCAACGUGGCUCCCAUCAUCUCCAAGGUGGCUCGCGUGGCGGCCGACGAGGAGCGCACCAAGGAGGCGUCGCAAUACUUCAUCCUGCUCAUCCUGACGGACGGCGUGGUGACGGACAUGGCGGACACGCGGGAGGCCAUCGUCCGGGCCUCCUACCUGCCCAUGUCCAUCAUCAUCGUCGGCGUGGGCAACGCCGACUUCACGGACAUGCAGAUCCUGGACGGCGACGACGGCGUCCUGCGCUCCCCGAAGGGYGAGCCCGUCCUGCGCGACAUCGUGCAGUUCGUCCCGUUCCGCGAGUUCAAGAACGUGAGUGGGGUCCUGCCUUCCCUCCCCGCCCGUCCCGGCCCUUCCCACCCCCUCCCGUUCUCUCCCGUCCUUUUCCAUCCCUUUCCCGUCCCUCCCAUCCCCUCCCGCCCCGUCUCCGCCCCGUCCCGUCCCCUCUCGUCCCCUGCCGUGUGCCAUUUGUCAUGUGCCGUGUGCCAUAUGGCGUGCAUCACGCCGUGCCACGUGCAUGUGCGGGCACAGUGCCACGCUGCUGCCAUGUGCCSUGCUCCGACGCUGCCAGCCCGGUGCCAGCAGAUGCUCCUGGCAAGCUGA